AUGUCGUCCUCAACUUCCACCAACCCAUUCCCAGACAUCCCCGAGCUUGGCAUCACCAUACCAGUCAACCCAGUGCUUCUCGAAGCCUAUGACUACUAUGCACAGAAAAUGGACAAGUCAGUCGUAGACCACUGCGUGCGUUCCAUGUACUGGGCCGUCCUGCUGUCACGGCACAAGAAAUUCGAGGGUCACAAGUUCAACUGGGACGUGGUAUUCCUAACGGUCCUACUACAUGACUUCGGCUUGUCCACUGACAAGGCAUUGAUAUCCAAAGACAAGCGAUUCGAGAUUGACGGCGCCAAUAUAACCAGGCAGUUCCUCAAAGACCGCGGCGGCGACGCCUGGACGCCGCAUCUCCAGCUCGUAUGGGAUGCCAUAGCUCUGCACACAACAGCAUCAAUCGCGCACCACAAAGAACCCGAAGUGGCGUUGACCUCAUUCGCCGUCAUGGCAGACAUGUUUGGCCCCAAUUUCCCCGGCGAGAUGCUCAGCAAAAGCGACUAUCUCAUUGUAGCCAGGCGAUUUCCCCGGCCUGGCUUCACGGACCAGGUCAUCGGCACAAUGUGCACCCUGUGCAAGGAGAAGCCGGCGGUGACGUUUGACAACUUUGCGCAGGAAUUUGGACGGACUUUUGGCUAUGAUGGGAAGGGGGAGGGGAAGGAGGAGUUUGCGAGGAUGGCGGAUGAGAAUAAGUUUUCGACGGUUUUUUUGAAGGGAUUGGGUGCGCUUGAUGAGAUGGAGGUGUGA